GUCAAUUGAAAUUGUUUUAUACACAUCUAUGCCGAAAGCAUUUCUAUCAAAUAGAGCUACAAAGCCAUCUGUGAAUCACAACAUUUGGUAACAGAUAUGAAAUACUGCAGUGUGGAACAUACACGCUUAGUACUCUUUUCAAGAUCUUUCGAUGUAUCCAUCACAUGUAUACAAACCUAAAAUUUGCAUCUAUAAUGUUGUAUGUUGCUGAGUACAUAAGCAGAUCGACCAUAUUCAUACCAAUAUUACUCAAAAUUGAUAACCUUACAUUAUUUAAACAUAAUUUUGAGUCUUUGCUUUAAACUUAUUGUUGAUCCAACACCAUUAUAGAUGCUAAUAUUAUAUUUAAAAUGUUCAUUUGAUAAAUUGACAUUUUUAAAACUAAAUAUAUGACUGAGUAAAUUACAAGCAAUUCCCAAUAACUGUCACAUUUGUUGCAAUUUCGAAGAAACAAAUUUUUUUUUUGAAGUGGCAACUAUGAUUCUCUUGUAUACAAAGCAAUUUGGUGGAUUUUUGUUAUUCUAAAAUUGAUGUAAAGGAGCUGCAUCAAUUAAUUAUUUCAGAGUGAAUUAUCAGUUUUUCCCCUCAACUUCUGAAAAUUAUGUAUGUGAUUCCCAUUCUUUCCAGUGUAUUAUUAACAGUUUCCCACAUUGGCACUUUUACACAGGGUAGCAAUGAAUGAUGAAUAGAAGCACAAUUUCAAGAAAAUAUAUAAUCAUCUUCGUCAGAGAAACACAACUUGAAUUUAAUUCUGUUAAAAGAACAAGUAACCCACUUCAGAGAGAGCGAAGAAGCUGAAGAAAAAACUGAAAUCUAACCUCCACACCAACAAAACAAGAUGACUAAAAUAACUUCGAUAGUGUGCUGGCUUUUAUAUCUAUACCUUAUCAAUAUUCUGUGACAUUACGUUUUAUAAUGUAAACAUAUCUAGGGUGACAAAGCGUCGUCAUUUAGUCUCAUUAGCAACACCAUAGUCUCAGUAUCUUUAGUAAUAUUUGCAAUGGUUAUCCAAUAUGAUUUAGAACUGAAACAAAUAGAAUAGAAUUUUAUGAAGCUUCAUGUUAAACAGUUUUGAGAAACCUAAGGGGUGGCGCUGUUCCGUUAGUAAAAUGCCAGUCCAUGAACGUAAUGACAGUGUAACGUUGUCAUGAAGUGACCGUGAAAAAAGGAACAGCUCCGUGGUGCUGAAAGUCCACUGCCAAAACGCGCUCACACGUAUCGCCACGAAAUAUGUUUGGGAUUAAAGCUAUACAUAUGACUGGAUCGAGGAUGGAGCAACAAAACUGAAUAUUGACGGAUAUAUAAAUUUUAUGGUUUGAAGUGCAGUGAAUCCUCUUAUAGGAAUAAGGCCCGCUCUAACAAUGGAGUCUUGUAAGAGGUACGUGCUGCUCGCUCUUCUUUUUUCUUUUGUUCAUAACAUAUCGAGCUCAGUCACUCAUUACUCGAUACCCGAAGAACUGAAAGAAGGAUCAGUCGUUGCCAACCUUGCUACCGAUCUCAGCCUGGACGUUACAACACUAACAAAGAGGAAGAUGCGUCUUGAUAUCAUCGCUAACAAAAAAUAUCUGGAUGUGAACAAAGAGACUGGUGAGCUGUACAUCAUUGAGAAGAUUGACAGAGAGUAUAUUUGCACAACGAAAUGGUCGUCGUCGUGUUAUCUUAAACUUGAAGUAACACUAGAAAAUCCAGUGCGCAUUUUUAACAUAGAAUUAGAAGUACUAGACAUGAACGACAACGCCCCACAAUUUCGCAGAGACGUCAUACAUUUAGAUAUAUCUGAAGCGACACCAAAAGGAGAGAGAUUUUCUCUCAGCAAUGCAGUUGAUCCUGAUGUAGGAACAAAUUCAGUAAAAACAUACCAUUUAAGUGAAAGUGAAUAUUUUAAUAUUGAGGUGCAGACUGGAAGAGACGGGUCGAAGUUUGCCGAUUUGAUCUUAAGAAAGCCUUUAGAUCGGGAGAAGCAGGCUGUUCAUAAUUUAAUACUCACAGCUGUAGAUGGAGGAACACCUGCUCGUUCUGGCACUGCCAGUGUAAUUGUUCAGGUUUUGGACACAAAUGAUAAUGCUCCUACAUUUGAUAAAUCUAUCUACACUGUUGAAAUCAUGGAAAAUUCUCCUAUUGGGAGUCUUGUUAUUGAUCUCAGUGCAAUAGAUUUAGAUGAAGGAUCAAAUUCUGAUCUGACAUACUCAUACAGUUUAUAUACAUCAGAGAAAACUCAAGAAACAUUUAAUCUGAAUUCUGCCACUGGAGAAAUAACAGUGAAGGGAAUGUUGAACUAUGAGGAUUUCAAGAUUUAUGAUAUGGAAGUUAUAGCAACUGAUAAAGGAGCCAAUAGUUUAUCAGGACAAUGUACCAUAAAGAUUCUAGUUGAAGACAUGAAUGACAACCACCCAGAAAUAUCCAUUAAAUCAUUUCAGAGUCCAGUCAAUGAAAACAUAGAAUUAGACACAGUGAUAGCUGUAGUCAGUGUCAGUGAUAAAGACUCAGGUGAUAACGGAGUGGUGGAUCUUCAUAUUCCACAAAAUAUGCCUUUCAAACUGAGGGAGUCCUCUGAUAACUAUUAUCAAUUAGUAGUUUCACAGCCAUUAGACCGUGAGAAGGUCCCAGAAUAUGACAUCACCUUCACUGUCACAGACAGAGGCUCUCCUCCUUUAUCUGACAAUGAAACUAUGACGUUAGAGCUGCUGGAUGUUAAUGACAAUGUCCCACAGUUCCCUCAGUCAUUUUAUACCAUACGUGUCAUGGAGAAUAACGCACCUGGAGCCUUGCUCAGCUCUCUCACUGCGUUUGACCCUGACCUCCAUGAAAACCAGUAUCUGGUUUACUUCAUAUUAGAGAAGGAGAUAGCCAACACCUCCAUGUCCAUGCUGUUCUCCAUCAAUCCAGAGAACGGGAACCUUUACGCACUGAAAACUUUUGAUUAUGAGAUCGAGAAGGAGUUUCUGUUCCACAUUGAGGCCAGAGACUCUGGAUCUCCUCCUCUCAGCAGCAACGUGACAGUUCACAUCAUCAUUGUGGACCAGAACGACAACGCUCCGGUCAUUGUGUCUCCGUGGCGAGCUCACGGCUCGGUGGUGGAGGAGAAGAUCCCCAGAUCCACCGAUAAAGGCUCCCUGGUAGCCAAGGUGAUAGCCUUGGACACGGACUCAGUGCACAACUCUCGGAUCACCUACCAGUUUCUGCAGGUGACUGACGCCACCUUGUUCAGUCUGGAUCAAUACAACGGAGAGAUCCGGACCAUGAGGAUGUUCAGUUACAGAGAUCCACGCCAUCAGAGACUGGUUGUUGUUGCCAAGGACAACGGGGAUCCUGCUCUGUCUGCUACAGUCACCAUCAAGCUGUCCACAGUGGAGACUGCAGUGAAGGCCUACUCUGACAUGACUGAGGUGCCUCUGGAAUAUGACAUCUUCUCUGACCUCAACCUGUAUUUGGUCAUCGGUCUGGGCUCCGUCUCAUUCCUGCUGCUCAUUACUAUACUGGUCACCAUCGUGCUCAAGUGUCAGAAGCCCAAACCCAGCAAAGCUGCUCCUCCCAGCAGGAACAGUGUGAUCAGUGAGAGGAACUCCACUGUGGCAGAUUCCACUCUGGUCUCCAACGAUGCCUACUGGUACAGUCUGUUUCUGGCAGAGACCAGGAAAGGAAAGCUGGUGGUCAGACAGCCUGUACCAAAGGGCUCCAGAUACAUCGUGUCCAGUAUACCGAGAGGAACAGGACUGACAGACACUAGUGACUCAGCAGCUUCCACUCUGCAGGUAUGGCAAAAUGUGAAUUGAAAUUGUUUUACACACAUCUGUGCCUAUAGGAUUUCUAUCAAACAGACCUACAAAGCCAUCUGUGAAUCACAGCAUUUGCUAACAGAUAUUAAAUACUGCAGUGUGGAACAUACACGCUUAGUACUCUUUUCAAGAUCUUUCGAUGUAUCCAUCACAUGUAUACAAACCUAAAAUUUGCAUUUAUAAUGUUGCAUGUUGUAGAGUACAAAAGCAGAUCAACUAUAUUCAUACCAAUAUUACUCAAAAUUGAUAAACUGAUAUUAUUUAAACAUAAGUAGGAGUCUUUGCUUUAAACAGUUUUUUCAAUCCAACGCCAUUGUAGACGCUAAUAUCAUAUUUAAACUGUUCAUUUGAUAAAUUGACACUUUCAAAACUAAAUAUAUGACUGCAUAGGUUGCAAACAGUUUUCAAUAACUAUCACCUUUGUUGCAACUUCAAACUAAUAAAAACUCUUUUAAGUAGCAACUAUGAUUCUCUUGUAUACAAGGAAAUUUGGUGUGUAUGUGUUAUUCUGAAAUUAAUGUGAAGGAGCUGCAUCAAUGAAUUAUUUUAGACUGAAAUAUCCUUUUUUUUCUGAACUUUUGAAAAUUAUGUAUGUGAUUCCCAUUCUUUACAGUGUAUUAUUAAUGAUUUCCCACUUUGGCACUGUCACUCGGGAUAGCAAUGAAUGAUGAAUAGUAGUUCAACUUCAAGAUAAUAUAUAAUCAUCUCAGCAGAGAAACACAACUUGAAUUUAGUUCUGUUAAAACAACAAAUAACCCAUUUUAGCAAAGAAGCUGACAAAAAAACUGAAAUCUAACCUCCACAUCAACAAAAUAAGAUGACUAAAAUAACUUUGAUAGCGUGCUGGCUUUUAUAUCUAUACCUUAUCAAUUUUCUGUGACAUCACGUUUUAUAAUGUAAGCAUAUCGAGGGUGACAAAGCGUCGUCAUUUAGUCUCAUUAGCAACACCACAGUCUCAGUAUGUUUAGUAAUAUUUGCAAUGGUUAUCCAAUAUGAUUUAAGACUGAAGCAAAUAGAUUAGAAUUUUAUGAAGCUUCAUGUUUAACAGUUCUGAAAAACCUAAGGGGUGGCGCUGUUCUGUUAGUAAAAUGCCAGUCCAUGAAGCGAAUGACAGUGUAACGUUGUCAUGAAGUGAUAUCGUGAAAAAGGAACAGCUCCGUGGUGCUGAAACUCCACUAUCAAAACGCGCUCACAAAUAUCGCCCCGAAAUAUCUUUAGGAUUAAAGCUGUGCAUAUGUUUGGAUCGAAGAUGGAGCAACAAAGCUGAAUAUUGACGGAUAUAUAAAUUUUAUCGUUUGAAGUGCGGUGAACCCUCUCACACGAAUGAGGCCCGCUGUAACAAUGGAGUCUUGUAGGAGGUACGUGCUGCUCGCUCUUCUUUUUUCUUUUGUUCACAAAAUAUCGAGCUCAGUCACUCAUUAUUCGAUACCGGAAGAACUUAAAGAAGGAUCAGUCGUUGCCAAUCUUGCUACCGAUCUCA